AUGUGUGGAAUUACGGCAUACCUCGGGUCGAAGGAAGCAGCUGAGAUCCUUCUCGGCGGGCUUGCUCGACUUGAGUACAGAGGAUACGACAGUGCAGGGAUCGCCAUCUGCAACAAGGGCAAGAUGUCAGUCAAGAAGAAGGUCGGCAAGGUGAAGGAGCUCAAGUCCAUUGCUUCCACUGUUGAGGGAAACAUCGGCAUCGGACACACGAGAUGGGCCACUCACGGAGAGCCGAACGAGAGGAACGCCCACCCUCACCUCAGCUCUGACUCAGGGUUUGCUCUCGUGCACAACGGCAUCAUCGAGAACUUUAUCCCUCUCCGAGAGUCUCUGAUGCGCAAGGGCUACAAGUUUGUCUCUGAGACGGACACCGAGGUGUUGGUCAAGCUGAUCGAAGAUGUAAUGAAGUCUACUGGACUCAGCUUGGAGGAGGCCGUGAGACAGGCGCUGAGCCAAGUGGUGGGAGCCUACGGCAUCUGCAUCUGCUCCCGCGAUGACCCGGACAUCCUCAUCGCUGCUCGUCUUGGAAGUCCUCUGAUCCUCGGAAUCGGAGAGCAGGAAUGGUUUGUUGCCAGCGAUGCGUCAGCUUUCCUCGAGUACACGAGACACGUUGUCCACCUUAAUGAUGGGGAGAUGGUUGUGAUUAGGCGCAACGUCGGAUAUCAAGUGAGCACCACCCAAGGCACUACUCUUAACCCCGCAAUCGUUGAGCUCGAGGGCACGUUGGAUCAGGUCAAAGCAGAGGAACAGGAGGAAAUGCAGAUUGAGAAGGGAGGAUUCAAGCACUUCAUGUUGAAGGAGAUUAUGGAACAGCCUGUCGCCCUGGAGAACUGCAUGCGCGGCCGUGUCAAGCAGCUUGUGGGUCCUCCGGACAAUCAAUUUACUCUCCUCCAGAGACUUCAGGUCCUCCUAUCCCUUGAGCGAGAGAUCCUAACGUCUUUUCAGUCUGCUAAGCGCAUCAUCAUCUGCGCUUGCGGCACCUCCUGGCAUGCUGGGCUCGUGGGCGAGUACAUGCUGGAAUCCCUUUGCAAGAUUCCGGUCGAGAUCGAGUACGCGUCGGAGUUCAGGUAUCGCAGCGUUGUGCUCCGGCCCGACGAGGACAUCGUCAUGGUCAUCUCUCAGUCCGGCGAGACUGCCGACACUCUCGCGGCCCUCAGACACGCGAAGCAAGCUGGCUGCCUGGUGAUCGGAAUUUGCAAUACCGUCGGGUCAACCAUCGCGAGAGAGACAGACGGAGGCAUCUACCUCCAUGCCGGACCUGAGAUUGGCGUGGCAUCCACAAAAGCUUUCACAGCUCAAGUCCUCGUGCUCGCCAUGUUGGCGUUGCGAAUCGCUCAGGGACGAACGAUCCCGGACGACGAGUACAAGAUGCUGGUGAAAGAGCUUUCCAAGCUCCCCUCCCGCAUCACCAAGAUCCUGUCCGAGAACGAAGCCAAGAUCUGCGAGAUCGCAAAAGUCUACAGGUACGCGCACCACUGCCUGUUCUUGGGCCGAGGAUACAACUACCCCGUCGCUCUAGAGGGAGCGCUGAAGAUGAAGGAGAUCUCUUACAUCCAUGCUGAAGGGUACCCAGCAGCCGAGAUGAAGCACGGCCCUAUCGCCCUCAUCGACAACCUCAUGCCGGUCGUCUUCAUUGCCAUGCAGGACAGCAUCUACGACAAGGUCAAGUCCAAUAUCAUGGAGGUUCGCGCGAGGAAAGGAUGUGUCAUCGCCAUCACAGACGAGGGCAACACGGAGCUGGAGUCUCUUUGCGAGUACGUUAUCCACAUACCCAAGGUCUCAGAAUGCGUCUCGCCCAUUCUCACUGUGGUUCCUCUCCAACUGCUCUCCUACCACAUCGCCGUCAUGCGAGGAUGCGACGUGGACAUGCCCCGCAACUUGGCCAAGAGCGUAACAACCGAGUAGAGGAGGAGCGCUACAGCUUAUUCGUCUUAUUACACUCGAGACACCACG